AUGGCCGACGACGAACUUGCCGCAAUCCGCGCCGCACGGAUGCAGCAGCUCCAAUCCGAAUCAUCUUCCCGCGGCGGCCCGGGGGGCGACGCGGACGAAGCGGCCAAACAACAAGCACAGGCGCAGCAGAUCAGGGAGCUGUUGGCGACCGUUUUGGAGCCGGCGGCAAGGGAACGACUGGCACGCAUCGCGCUCGUCGCGCCGGAUCGGUCGAGGCAGAUCGAGGGGAUAUUGGCGAGAAUGGCGCAGACGGGGCAGUUGAGGGGACGAGUGAGCGAGGCGCAGUUGAUUGAUUUGUUGCAGCAAGCGGAGGACGCGAACUCGUCUAGUACGAAGGCGGGCGCGAUUAAGUUUCAGAGGAGGGUGGAUGAUGAUGAUGAUUGGGAUAUCUGA